AUGAAAUGGCGCAGAAAGAGGCUAUUCUGUGUGCGUGGAGGAACAUCCAAAAGUAUCCCUUCCGAAACAAAACGUCAAAAUCACCCCAAAGAUUAUCGAGACAUUCGACGGAUUUUCUCCCCAUACCCGCUCAUCCUAUGCCAGAUUACCCGCCUGAAUGGUAUGAAAAGGCUGGGUGUUAAUGCUCUAUACCGCCGAGCCCCACAUGUUCUAGAAGGAGAUCAAACUAGUACUCAGAUACGGAAUUGCAAAUUGCCGGUUCGCAUUGCUCGACUUCGCUAA